CUGCUCCCAUCGAUCAGUUGUGAACGAGACCCCACCGCGACAAGAUGGUUAAACUGACUCUAUACGGUUUGGAUCCCAGCCCUCCAGUUCGCGCUGUAAAGCUGACUUUGGCCGCUCUCAAUCUGCCCUACGAAUAUGUAAACGUUGAUAUCGUGGCUCGGGAGCACCUUUCAUCGGCCUACGUGGAGAAGAACCCGCAGCAUACGGUGCCCACUUUGGACGAUGAUGGUCACUUCAUCUGGGACUCGCACGCAAUCAUUGCCUAUCUGGUCUCUAAAUACGCCGAUUCCGAUGCGCUUUACCCCAAAGAUCUGCUCCAGCGGGCUGUUGUGGAUCAGCGGCUGCACUUUGAGACGGGCGUGGUGUUUGCCAAUGGAAUUAGAAGCAUUUCCAAGCCAGUGAUCUUCUUUGGACAGACCAAAGUGCCAAAGGAGCGUUACGAUGCCAUUAUCGAGAUCUACGACUUUGUAGAGACCUUCCUCAAGGGACACGAUUACAUUGCUGGCGAUCAACUGACCAUAGCGGACUUCAGUCUCGUCUCUUCGGUGUCUUCUCUCGUGGCCUUUGUGGACUUUGACCCGGUCAAAUAUUCCAAUAUCAGUGCUUGGAUCAAACGGCUGGAACAGCUUCCCUACUACGAGGAUGCCAAUGCCAAGGGUGCCCGCCAGUUGAUCGCAAUUGUCAAGAAGACCAAUUUUACAUUUGAAUCCUGAUUUCUAAACUA